ACAGGAAAGCCGAUCGCCAUGCCCCCCAAGUUCGACCCGUCGCAGAUCAUCGAAGUUUCCAUCCGUGUCAAGGGAGGCGAGGUUCCCGGAGGCUCCUCCCUCGCCCCCAAGAUCGGUCCUCUUGGUAUGUCCCCCAAGAAGGUCGGUGAUGACAUCGCCAAGGCCACCAAGGCCUGGAAGGGAAUGAACGUUACUGUCAAGCUUAUCUGCCAGAACCGUCAGGCUACCGUAGUCCUCGUGCCCACCGCGUCCUCCCUGGUCGUCAAGGCGCUCAAGGAGCCAGCAAGAGAUCGCAAGAAGGUCAAGCACGUCAAGCACAGCGGCAACAUCUCCAUGGAUGAGAUUGUCGACAUUGCCCGCCAGAUGCGUGACAAGUCCAUGGCUAAGGACUUGAAGGGAACUGUCAAGGAGAUUUUGGGAACCGCUUUCUCUGUGGGUUGCACUGUUGCUGGCAAGUCUCCCAAGCAGGUGCAGGAGGAGAUCGAUAGCGGGGAAGUCACCGUCCCGGAUAAGUAAAUGCAGAUAACAAGUGAAUAGUAAAUUUUGGGAAGAGCGGAUGUGUUGUGUUGAGCUUGGAGGGAAAUUAGGAAAAGAAUGAAAAACUCUCAUGAGUGGAAA